AUGCUCCAAGCUUAUCGGAACCUGCGUAGGCGUCCGCACCCCGUGGUGCUGCAGUGGAUUGCAGAGGCGUGGGAUCAAGUCCCCAGGCAGGUCAUCAUUGACGCGUUCCGCCACUGUGGGAUUUCAAGCAAGCUAGACGGGACGGAGAACCACCUCGUGAUGUCGCACCUGCGCGCGAGGAGCACCACCGAUGUCUCUGAGGACAUGACUCUCGGGGGAACCACGGGCGACAACACGCGCCUGCUUGGGCAGGCUCCAGAGGAGGAGGAGGAGGAGGAGGAGGAGGAGGAGGAGGAGGAGGAGGAGGAGGAGGAGGAGGAGGAGGAGGAGGAGGAGGAGGAGGAGGAGGAGGAGGCGGAGAUGCAGGCGGAGGGCGUCAGGGAGGUGGCCGUGGCAACUGGCCUGGAGGUGCUGUAA